CGCUUAAGGUUGCGUGGGUCCUGACCAUUCUCAGUGGUUCAGCCUAGUGGGGUACUUCCCUACUUGGUUGAAGCCCCUGGCUAGGCCAUCUGCCCGUUUAGCCGAUUGUAUUGGCCAUGUCCUUGACCCAAAACCAUAACAACUGUCCUGCAGGUCAAAUCGCCCCCUGAAGGAGGGACCCGUACUGUUUGUUCAUCCUGGGUGGCCAGAACCGCCUAUUUGUGUGCCUGUGACUCGGUCAACGUCUUUACCAUGGACGAAUCCUCGGGGGCGAGUAUGGUGGUGGGCGUAACCCGCCCAGCCAUGGGAGGCGUGACUGGGGUAGGCCUGGGCGGUGCUCCCCGAUCCGGAUGUGGCAGUGACUUAUCAUGGUUGUUGGACCUCUUGCGCUCGGUUCAGUUGGAACAGUUCUUUGUACGAAUCCGGGACCACCUUCAAGUCUCGAGAUUGGAACACUUUGAAUUCGUGCAAGCUGAGGACUUGGAGAAGAUCGGAAUGGCCCGCCCGGCGGCUCGAAGAUUAAUGGAUCUGAUCAAGCGCCGAAGACGAAAGAUGAUGGUGGGUCGCUUUCUCCCGGGACCAUUACAGCAACGCUUUGGCACCUUGAAACGCAGUCCGAAAGCGGCUUUUCCCGACCCAUUGGAGGCUCAGCCCGGCUCAGCUGUGUCCUUGACGUGCCUCAUUCAAGAUAAAGAUAUAACCUUGCAAGGAAAACUCGGAGACGGAUCAUUCGGCGUGGUUCGUCGGGGCGAAUGGGCCACGCCUUCGGGUCGCAUCCUGCCCAUCGCCGCCAAAGUAUUAAAGCAAGAUACAUUGUCACAACCGGGUGUGUUUGCUGAUUUCGUGAAGGAAGUCCAAUCCAUGCACUGUCUGGAUCACGAAAAUCUAAUACGUCUUUACGGCAUCGUGUUAACCCAACCCAUGAUGAUGAUCGUGGAACUGGCCCCGUUAGGAUCCCUGAUUGACUUUUUACACAAGCAAUGCGGGCACGUGCCUCUUACCACAAUCUGGGACUUUGCCAUUCAAAUUGCUCGUGGCAUGGCUUAUCUCGAGUCUAAGCGAUUCAUUCAUCGAGAUUUGGCCUGUCGUAAUGUCCUCUUGGCUUCGAUCGAUCGAUUGAAGAUUGGCGACUUUGGUCUGAUGCGAGCCUUACCCCAAGAAGACGACUGUUAUGUUAUGACGGAGCGGAAGAAGGUCCCGUUUCCUUGGUGUGCCCCGGAGAGCUUGAAAUCACGUCAAUUCUCGCAUGCUUCUGACACUUGGAUGUUUGGCGUGACACUCUGGGAAAUGUUCUCAUUUGGCGAAGAGCCUUGGAUAGGUUUGAAUGGAUCGCAAAUAUUGCGGAAAAUUGACCGUGAAGGUGAGCGUCUCCACCAGCCCGAUGGUUGUCCCAACGACAUUUACGAAAUCCUCGUACAAUGCUGGGCGAAAUCCCCCACCGAUCGACCUACAUUUGAAGCGUUGAAAGAUUUUCUGACCGAAACAGCGCCUUCGGUAAUGAAGGCAACUCACGAUUUUGAGGAAGAUGGGCGCUUACAAGUCGCCGUGGGUGAUACCAUAGUUAUUAUUGAAGGGCGUCCUGACCAUGCGCUUUGGCGUGGACAAAAUCAACGCACUUUCGAUAUUGGUAAUUUCCCCCGGGCUAUUGUUCAGAAUGUGGCUGGUAAAAAAGCAAAGCAUAUUAGUAAGCCUUUGAAGAGCUCGUUUGUCCACGCUGCCCAUGGUUCGAGAAGCAAUGGUCGAUCCUGGGGUAAUCCACAUAAUAUUGAUCACUCGUUGGCUCCCCGUCAGCCCGAAGAAAUGCUCACCAGUCCAACCUCGCCCAAUCAUCGACUCACUACCCGACAAAUGAGACUUCGAGCUCCGACCCAUCCCGCGAUUGAUGAGCCGAAAUCCAACACCCUUCGACCGGCUCCCAAAGUGCCCAUGCCCACAAGUGAGCCCUCACCCGUGCCUUCUCAAACCAACCAUGUGAAAGAAGAAUCUCUCAUCGACCUUAGCACAGAUGAAAGAAGCUAUAUGAGGUCUUCUCAGCCUGAACCUGAGGCGUUCAAAACUCAAUCUAGAGUUCUCACCGAAAGAUCUUAUGUGAACAAUACUCUGAGCCAACCAGAAUGGAAUGGAAACGUAUGUCAGAACCGCGAUAAUGCCUUUAAUAGCAAUCAUUAUCAUUCUCGGGAAUUGUCAGAACUAUCCUUAUUGGAUCAUCCGAAUAGUAAUUCGUCAGGAGACGCCAUCAACUCGAGCAAUGAGACUCGAACCUAUGCUAAUUGUCCCUCUAACUCAGCUCCUCGUUAUACUGAAUUUAGGACCUCUUGGCCCUCCAACACUCGAUCUGUGCCUCGGAGUGACCACUUGGAAGUUCAUUCCAAUCCAAGGAAUGACGAUUCGUUUAGUUCUUUACCUCCUGGAGAGACUUACCAUAUGCCACCUGUUGAGAGUGAGGAAGACCAGGAGGAAGCCGAUCCUUUUGAUACAUCUGGUGUUAAUUUGCAGAAAGUGUCGGAAAAUUCGUUCCAAAGUGCUCGUUCCAGUACACCCAAGAGAGAAAAUAUUCCAGCCCAUCAUGUUCAAGUGUCGUCCAUGAUUUCUCGUCUAAUGGCGUCGGAGGAACACUCGCAGCACCUUCGAACCAAUUCGACCCUAUCUGCAGAUGAUAUGGCACCGUUGACAUCACCAUUCUCACCACCGGCAUUUAAUCCGUCUGAUAUUAUCUUGGGCAGUAAUGAGGCCAUUGCUGGCUUGGAAUCUCCUGCUCAUUUUACACAAAGAAACACCAAAUCAUCAGAUCAAAGGAACGAGAUAAAUGCAUUCAAUUGGCUUGAAAACACUCUCAACGAUUUCAAGUUGAGUGGCAAGGCAGAGAGCAAAGACGUGUUCCAAUUUCCUCAAGUUUCCAGCAAUAAUUUAAUGAGUGCCUCGGGCUUUUCGGUCUCAACGAGCAGGCCAACGGAGCAAGAACAGACAUCCCAAACUCAUUUGAAUUCAUCUUUUAACCAAUUGCUUCCCCCAGAGGCUUCCCAUGACCAGCCCCCAAAAGUGUAUGACUCCAUUCCUUUACCAGAGCAGGCGUCAAAUUUCCCAGAGAACAAAACUAAAUGGGCUAACACGCUUCCUAGGCCCCGAAACAGUGCCAGUCCAGUACGAUUUGAUCGAGUCCCAAUCCAACCAUCCAUCCCACCGUUAGAGCCAUUACAACCGCAGAAAAUGCCGUUGAGGCAACUGACGAAAGAAACUUCACCACAACCAUGGUUACACGGAUACGACUCGAAUCGGACGGCUGUACUUAACAAGGAGUUCUUAGCCGAGUUGGAGAAAGACUUGGGAAAGACUGAUCAAACCAGUAAUCUACUUAAACCCUCACUGGUGGCUCUUCCCCCUCCCCCAUCAACCCCAUCGGUAGGAACACAUUCUAAUCAAGUUCGAGCCAGGCCUAUCCCAAGACAGAUCUCGGCGUCCAUGACUUCGCUCAAUGGCAAUCUCCUAGCUUCCUCUCCCUCGCCUAAUCCUUCCAAUUCAUGGAAAGCAUCUGGGGCAAGUGCCAAUCCAACCGUGGCGGUCAGCACCAACCUCAGAGUGGCUUUGCCGGAUGAACCCAUUUAUGGCGGCCCUCAAACGGCUCACGUGAAACCCUUCGUCAGCCCCGUGGGGAUGCAUAACCAAAUGGCAAAUUACGGAGGUGCUCCGGGUAUGGGUGACAUGGCUUCGGCUGCUGCCCGCGAAACCUGGAGACACAUCACAACCACUCAUGCGGCACGUGCCCAACAAUCGUACCAACCCUUGCAAGAGGAAAUGGCAACACCUGAAAUGGAAAUUUCGCCAUUUCCAAGGAGCCACUCCCACACUGUUAUUCCACCCUCAAGCACAUCUCGUCCCGUGAACCAUACGGAGAUCAACAAGAUUGCCCAGGUAGGAAAGAUGGUUCCUGGUGUUAGUGCGAGUCAAUGUCGCUCGGCUCUGGAGUCAGUGAAUUGGGACACGGGCAUUGCCAUCAAGAACCUGAAGAUUGACAAACUGUAUCGAAUUGGAGUGGCGGACAAAUCCAAAUGCGAGAAAAUGUUGACUUCGGUGAAUUGGGAUUUAGAGAGAGCUGCUGCACUCCUUCUUGAAGAUUAGCAUGCUUGGGACACCCCACCGAAACAUUACUUGAUAAUCCUUGGCGUGGAAUAUGCAGACAAAGGCUACCGCAUGGAUAAUCCGUACAAAACUAAUCCAGAGGUUUGUUUUCAAUGUAGCACUGGUAGGAUUCGGGCAGAACAUUGCAUUUUCACUUUAAAUCGUACCAAAUGUUUAAGAUGCCCCCAAUUCAGAUAUUGUACAUGAUCUAAUGCAUCGAUGCCAAUACAGUCACAAUAGUCGAAAAUCCCAA